CCAAAACAUACCACUGGCGGGCUGUGCUGGCGGUAGAUCCGUUGGGGUUUCUCCGGUGGAAGCACUCGUAUAGCCGCUUGUAUCGCCCGCUCUUGGACAUGAUUCACGAGCUGCUCCUUGCCCUGAGCGGAUACCCUGGGAGUAUUUUCACCUGGAACAAGCGGACGGGCCUGCAGGUAUCACAAGAUCUGCCUUUCCUCCAUCCAGGGGAAACCAGCGUCCUUAACCGCCUUUGUAAGCUGGGAACCGACUAUAUCCGCUUCACAGAGUUUAUUGAGCAGUACACGGGACAUGUACAGCAACAGGAUCACCACCCCUCCCAGCAGGGACAGAUCGGUCUGCACGGAAUAUACUUAAGAGCGUUUUGCCGAGGCCUUGAUUCAGUACUUCAGCCAUAUAGACAGGCUUUACUAGACUUGGAGCAAGAGUUCUUGGCUGAUCCCCAUCUUUCAAUUUCACACGUUAACUACUCCUUAGAUCAGUUUCAUCUACUCUUCCCGUCAUUGAUGAUUGUGGUGGAGCAGAUUAAGAGCCAGAAGAUUCAUGGCUGCCAGAUGUUGGAAACAGUUUACAAACAUAGCUGCGGAGGACUGCCCCCUGUCCGCAGUGCCCUGGAAAAGAUCCUGGCAGUGUGUCACGGUGUGAUGUACAAACAGCUUUCAGCCUGGAUGCUACACGGGCUGCUCUUGGAUCAGUAUGAGGAGUUCUUUGUUAGACAAGGAUCAGCUUCUGGGAGUACAUCAGCCCAGCUUGAAGAAGAUGAUGAUGACUUGGGUAUUGGUGGCUUAACAGGAAAGCAACUGCGAGAGUUGCAGGAUCUGCGUCUCAUUGAAGAGGAGAACAUGCUAGCACCAUCUCUCAAGCAGUUUUCAUUACGAGUGGAAAUGCUACCUUCUUAUAUUCCUGUAAGGGUUGCAGAGAAAAUAUUGUUUGUGGGUGAAUCUGUACAAAUGUUUGAAAAUCAAAAUGUAAACAUGACCAGGACAGCUUCUAUUUUAAAAAAUCAAGAAGACAUAUUUGCAGCGGAACUUCACAGACUGAAACAACAACCACUCUUCAGCCUGGUAGAUUUUGAAUCUGUUCUUGAUAAAAUCCGAAGCACAGUGGCAGAGCACUUGUGGAAACUUAUGGUAGAAGAAUCAGAUCUCCUAGGACAGCUAAAGAUCAUUAAAGAUUUCUACCUUCUAGGUAGAGGAGAGUUGUACCAAGCCUUUAUCGAUAUUGCUCAGCACAUGCUGAAAACUCCCCCCACUGCAGUAACGGAACAUGAUGUGAAUGUGGCAUUCCAGUUAUCGGCACAUAAAGUAUUACUUGAUGAUGACAACCUGCUUCCCCUGCUCCAUCUGACUAUUGACUACCAUGGCAAAGACCAUAAAGAUGCAUCCCAGCCCCGUGAGGCUCCAUCAAAAGACACAUCUCCGAGGGAAGCUCCUACCUCGGGCUGGGCAGCUCUGGGGCUUCUCUACAAAGUACAGUGGCCUCUACAUAUUCUUUUCACACCUGCCGUGUUAGAGAAGUACAAUGUAGUGUUCAAGUACUUGCUGAGCGUCCGACGAGUACAAUCAGAGCUACAGCACUGCUGGGCUCUCCAGAUGCAGAGAAAACACUUGGAAUCCAAUCGAACGGAUGCUAUAAAGUGGCGGCUACGGAACCACAUGGCAUUUUUAGUGGAUAAUCUCCAGUAUUACCUGCAGGUGGAUGUUCUUGAGUCCCAGUUUUCACAGCUUUUGCAGCAAAUAAACUCCACACGGGAUUUUGAGAGCAUUCGGCUGGCCCACGACCAUUUCCUGAGCAAUCUCCUGGCCCAGUCUUUUAUUUUGCUGAAACCUGUUUUCCACUGUCUGAAUGAAAUCUUAGAUUUGUGUCACAGCUUCUGUUCAUUAGUCAGCCAAAACCUGGGUCCUCUAGAUGAACGGGGAGCUGGUCAGCUUGAUAUCCUUGUAAAGGGAUUUAGUUGCCAGUCCGCCCUUCUUUUCAAGAUUCUUUCCAGUGUCCGGAACCAUCAGAUCAAUCCUGACCUGGCUCAGUUGCUGCUUCGGUUAGACUACAAUAAGUACUACACGCAAGCGGGAGGGACGCUGGGCAGCUUUGGGUUAUGAGCUGAUGACUUUCCAGUAGAGGGACAUUGCUGUUGUCUGUCUGCAGUGAAGCGUCUGUCCGUGGCCGUACUGGCACCAUCUGCACGCUGCACCAGGAAGAGUGGGGUCCAUAUGACGAACACGGAAUCAUUGUUGGAACAAGAUAAUGACCAAAACUGGACUAAAAUGUAUUCAAGGGAUGGAUGAUCUAGCAGCAGUGAGCCCAGCCCACCAUAAGCAUUGGACUAGCUGUUCUUAACCCCAGUGACCUUAAUGUUAAACUUUACAAAUACCGUACCUGUCCAAAUGUAUGGUGUCUUCUCCAUAAGGAAGGGCAAAGCAAGUUAGCCCGCAUGGGAGAGAUGGAGCAGCUAAAGUAGAUGUGCUCCAUUGUUUUGAAGCCAGACUUCAGACACCAUGGGGCAGUAGUAGCCUGAGCAGAUAUGUAAAAGCAGUUUUUUUUGUUGUUGCAAAUAGAUACUUUUUGUAACACUAA